AAUGGCACGAAUCCAAGAAGGAAUUCGGCUGGAAGACGUUGGCAGCGUCCUGGGAACGAAGUUGAUUUUCGAAAAAAAAGACAAAUACAGAAUAAACGAAAAUCACCAAAUCGCUUUGACUCUGUCACAUGAGUAGCUGUGUUUAGUUCCUCCAAAAAUUCUUCUCUUUUGCUUCUUUAUAAAGGUUUUUCCUAUACCUUAUCUCCAUAAAGAUUCAAAUCACUCGACACGUGAUAUUUUGAAAUAACUAAGCUUCUUUGUAAACAAAAAACCGUUAUCAAAAUAUUGGACAUGGGCGAAGGACAGCUUUCGGAACAAAACCGCGACAUAAGAAAGUUUAAAUAACAAUAAAAACUUAACUAAUUUUAAAUAAAAUUGUUUUAAAAGAACAAAUCCUCUUUAAAUAUAAAAUAGAUUACAAAAAAUCCAAACUUAAUGGCUUGAUCUUGUAAAACCAAACAUCUUGCAAGCUUUUAUAUUUUAUUAAGUUUUUUAAUUUAUGUUUAGGUCAUGACUUGAAACUUGGCUCAUAAAAGAAACUUCAACUCUUCUACUACGAAAUUAAGAAACGAUGACCGUUACGUGAACGAAAAGUGUUGUAAAGUUGUCGAAAGAUACGAAAUAAGAUCAUUAUGCUACUCAGUUUAUAAACAAAAGUUGUCCAUUAUUUUAAUGUUUUCUGUGAUUUGAUCCAAAAAUCCUUUAACACAAGUAUCGAAAACGCUACAAACAAAAAUCAACGCACAAAAUCUCCAUUGAACAUAAACUUUAAACCUUUCGUAAACUCUUUUAUGUCUGAUUUAACCACACACAUUUCUAAUUUAAUGAAAAAAACUGGCUUUUAUCUGCAAUACAUUAAAAACAAACUAAAACCACAUGAUCUCAUACUAAGAAAAAGGGAGUUUUUAUUCCGGGAAAUGUUUGUUUAUCUCCAUCGCAGAGGUUUAAACUUGAACAGACGACCGAUAUCGAAUGUUUUUUCGAACAUUUAUCGAUGAUUCGAUUAUACAUUAAAACAUUGAGACAAAUGGAUGCCAUAAGGCGGUUAUGCUUUUGGAAAAAAAGAUCUACUUCAUCCAGAAAUAAAGAUGAUAGUAGUAGUGACGAAGAUAGUGAAUUUGAGUACGUUGAUAAAAUCGAAAUAAAAAACAAACUGAGCGAACGAUUUGGAACUGAUGAAGUCCACAUUGGAGUUCUAAGCAAAAGGAUUCAAGUCCGCCAACUCAAAUAUGCUGGCUCGGGAGCAUUUUCCGUAGUAAAAAAGGGAUUUUCUGCAAAGUAUAACUCGGAUGUUGCUAUAAAGAUAAUUCGCUUAGAUGAGGAGAAAAAUGAAUCUUAUGUUAAAAAAUAUUUACCUGUGGAACUGGAGGUGUGGAGCGAAUUAUCCAGCGAAAAACACGAAAACAUACUGAAUCUUUUGGAAAGCUUUCAAGAUGAAAAUCUUUUAUACAUUGUGACAGAAAUUGCUGACAGAGGGGACUUAGGUCAGUGUUUAUUAAGUGGCAGCAUGCCAGAAUUAAAAGCAAAGUCUAUGUUUAAACAGAUGGUGAGCGCAGUUGCUUUUUGUCACAACAAAGGGAUAGCUCAUCGCGACAUAAAAGCUGACAAUAUGUUGCUCGGACGAAAUGAUGAAAUAAAGCUAGCAGAUUUUAGCUUCGUUACAAAAGGUCGAAGAGUGUUGGAGCACUGUGGUACACCGGGCAUGCUUGCACCGGAACAAGCGGUUUCCGGCAGCUACGAUCCUUUCUUAUCCGACAUAUGGCAGUUGGGGAUAACAUUAUACUUGAUGCUCUUUAAAAAUUUCCCAUACUCCAAUGCGAAGAAGGUGGAUCUACAGCGCGAGAUUGAAAGGAUAAGAAAUUCAUACAAUGGCGUUCCUAUACCAAAGAACAAAAUGAUCUCAACGGAAUGUAAGGACUUAUUGGUUGGGAUGUUACAACUUGAUCCUUUGACCAGGUUUGAUAUCGCUGAUGUUCAAAGCCACGCGUGGUUGCAAUAAAACGCUAGCUUGAAACGAUAUUCUUCAUGGAAUAAAGAAGCAGAAGCAAGAAUCUUGAAAAAGUCAAGAACGCAUGAACACUGUGUGAUUCCAUUUAUAAUUACUUUAUCGUUGUUCCUUAGACGAGAAAUAAACAGAAAAAAUCGUUGACAG